AUCUAACGGUUGACAUAUUAUAGGAGUAUUUUUAAUCUUCGUUUUCAUUUUUCCCCUUUGAAGCUUUACACUUGAACGCUGCACUUGAUUCUCUCUCCUCCAUUGAAGCGUACUCUGAACUUCUCUCUUCCAUUGAAGCAGCUUCUGAGAUCAUCAAAAGUGAUGGCAAGCAAGGCUGUGAAAACUGUGGCAAAAGCAGCUACUGAAUACCAAUAUCCUUGGCAGGAGAAGCUAGUAAAGUAUAGAGACGAGCUUUCCAAAGGAGUUUGGGGUUAUUGGGAACUUGGGGCAUGGAAGCCUUUGGGAAUUAGUGCUCGUCGCCGUGCUAGGAUCCGCAAAGAAGUCUUACUUGCCGAACAAGACUGGCCUUAUGACCCCGCAAGGAAAGAGAUGAGAACUAAGAGGAAAGGACACAAGGUUGACAGAAUAGCAGCAGAGAAACGUGCAAAUACUGCAGAAUUGAUGAAGAAGAUGCCACAAAUGUUACUGGACUACAAGAAACGUAGAUGGGAGAAAAAGAUGAAGGAUGAGGAAUCCAAGAAGUAGGUUUUGAUCCUGAAGUAUUAACUUCUUUCAUCUUAAGAUUUCUCACUUUCCUUUAGCAAGCAGAAGAAGUACCAUUUGUCUUAGUUUUGGGAUUCAGGCGUGGUUAGUGACUGCAACCGUGUUUCUCCCCAUAAAGAUUUUGAAAUAGAGCAAUAUGUUCUCUUGAUAAUCGUAUUGCUUCCUUUUUUAUGUACAUCAGCUUUAUAAGCCACUCGCCCACUUCUUUUUUUUCUAAAGAGUGUUUUUGUUAGAACUUAUAUGGUUCCCACAUUGCUUUCACAAAACAUGCUAAACCAUGUGAAAAAGCGAAAAAGCUUAAGUGACACAGUCCUUGUAUGUACAAUUCAAUUCAUAUUUAUCUAAAUACAUACAUGCCUAUCAGCUAA